ACAUUACAUUAAAAAACACAAAUCAUGACUCAUUUCAAUAAUGUUUUUACUAAAGAAUCCAUGUGCGCGUUGGACCCUCGAUGCGCCGUGUCCGUCACACAGAGCUCAGGAGCGGAGGGGGGCCCGAUGGAAUGACUUCAAUUGGUUCCAAAGCUCAGUGAUGUCAUCUGGAUACAUGAAGGCUUUGGCUCCGUUGCCGGAGUAAAACCUGAAAGGAGUUGCAGAUCGCGGAGAGCCGAGCAGCGCGCACAUCUGAGGAGGCGGCACAAAGCGCAUUCAUGAGCUCAGAUUCGGUGCACCUUCACCCAGCGAGUGCCAGCCACCAUGGGAGAGGGCUUAUCUUCUUUAGAUUGCAAUAACGCAUCGAAUCAUGAACAUUUCAACCGCGUCCAGGGGGCAGCCGACCCCGGGCAGCCUGCCUCGGACCAGUGGAUGGUUGGCAUGGGGGCGCUUAUGGCUGGGAUAGUGGUGCUCAUAGUCAUUGGAAAUGUAUUGGUGAUCGUUGCAGUAGCCAGGAACCAGAGGUUGCAGACCUUGACCAAUGUAUUUAUUGUAUCUUUGGCCUGUGCUGACUUAAUAAUGGGCUUGCUAGUUGUGCCCUUUGGUGCCGCUUUGGUGGUCCGAGGCACUUGGCUUUUCGGGUCGUUCUUCUGCGAAUUAUGGAUUUCAGUGGAUGUCCUGUGUGUGACUGCCAGCAUUGAAACCUUGUGUGUGAUUGCAAUUGACAGAUUCAUCGCCAUAACGUCUCCAUUCCGUUACCAAAGCGUGCUCACUAAAGCCAGAGCAAAGGGGGUCGUAUGUGUAGUUUGGGCUAUAUCGGCUCUCGUCUCAUUUCUGCCCAUUCUGAUGCAGUGGUGGAGGGAUGACAAGCCAGACGCCAUCGACUGCUACAAAAACCCCAACUGCUGUGACUUUGUCACCAACCAGGCUUAUGCCAUAGCCUCGUCUAUAAUUUCCUUCUACAUUCCUUUGGUGGUGAUGAUCUUUGUCUACGCCAGAGUUUUUAGAGAAGCUAAAAAACAAAUGAAGAAGAUCGAUAAAUGUGAAGGAAGGUUUCACAACAACCCCGUUCUCCCCAGUGGAAGACCUAGCAGGAGGAGGCCGUCAAAACUGUUAGCAGUAAAGGAACAGAAAGCGCUCAAGACGCUUGGGAUUAUCAUGGGCACUUUUACUUUGUGCUGGCUGCCCUUCUUCUUGGUCAACGUCGUGAAGGUGUUCUGUACAGAGGUCGUGGACAGUCAGCUCUUCGUGUUUUUUAACUGGUUGGGGUAUGCCAAUUCUGCUUUUAACCCUAUAAUAUACUGCAGAAGCCCCGACUUCAGGAACGCCUUUAAAAGGCUGUUGUGCUGCCCGAGGCAGGCAGACAGAAAGUUACAUGUCAGUUCAGGGGAUCUAUCGCGCUGUUCCGGGGGCUUUAGGAAUUCCCUGGACCCCAGCCUCAUUGGGACGUGGUCUGAUUGCAAUGGACAGGAUAGCAGUGACUGCAGUCUGGAAAAAAAUGAGAAAAUUCGGCAUUCAGAGUCGGAAUUCUAGUUACUGCAAGUGCAGUACCGGACCGGACCCGCACAUGAAGAUUCGCUUCAGUUCAUCCAAUUGCUCUACACAGCCUCUACACAGCGUCCGCCUGUAUGUUGGGGGAUUUAUUUGUAAUGCAGAAAAAAAAAAAAAAUUAAAACAAUUCUUUACUGUGGCGCGUAAGUAGUAUUAUCGAGUGUAACAAAGAAGCAUUUAUUAACCAUUAACAAAAUAACAUCGUGUUUUUUGUGAAAUUGAUUUUCAUGGUAAUGAUUAUGUGUUGUGUUGGACAGACAAUAUCGACCAGACACAGUGCCUCGCAUGUUUUUAAGCAGGCUCUUAAUAAUAUACAUUAUUCUGCGCUUGGGAGAAGGUUAAGAUGAACUGUAGCCUACAGUAGAACACCAUAACAGUAUUCAAGGGUCAGUAACAAUUGUGCUUUAACAAAUAGGCGCAUCUUUGUAGACCCAGCAACUACAGCGUUCGUUUGCUCUACUCAUGGUGUAAAAUCCGCGCCGCUGUGUUAGUUACAGGUAGGGUUUUUUCAAAGCUGGUAUCAUUGAGAUUUCUACCUCAUAUUGUACACAUUGUACAGAAGUGUUUUUGUUUAUAUUAAACAAUUUAAUAGACAUGGCCUAAAGCAUUAAACAAUGUAUUUAAAUGUGGGAGAUGAGCUUCAGUACUUUAUGAAUUCAAUAUGAAGUAAGAAUUCGUGGCACAGCACACAAUACAGGGAAAGAUAUUCCAGAGAAGACAAAUAAUAGUUUGCUGUUUUUAAAACAACAAACUAAUAUUUGUGUAGGUUGUUGUGUAGUUUGUUGGUUCAAACAAUAUUCACGUGCAUUAUUUAACACACACACAGUACAGUACUGUAAUUUAUAAAUAAUUACGUGUUUUUUUCUGUGUAGCGUUUUACGUGCGGUUGGUACAAUACUUUGUCAUGUGGAUAUCGUGUAUUUGGUCGAAGUGCAAUAAAUUGUUGCAGUACAAUGCCAU